GCGGGCGGCCUGGCCCCGAGCAAACCUAAGAACAGCCUGGUGAAGCCGCCCUACUCGUACAUCGCGCUCAUCACCAUGGCCAUCCUGCAGAGCCCGCAGAAGAAGCUGACCCUGAGCGGCAUCUGCGAGUUCAUCAGUAACCGCUUCCCCUACUACCGGGAGAAGUUCCCCGCCUGGCAGAACAGCAUCCGCCACAACCUCUCGCUCAACGACUGCUUCGUCAAGAUCCCCCGCGAGCCGGGCAACCCGGGCAAGGGCAACUACUGGACCCUGGACCCGCAGUCCGAGGACAUGUUCGACAACGGCAGCUUCCUGCGGCGCCGGAAACGCUUCAAGCGCCACCAGCAGGAGCAUCUGCGCGAGCAGACGGCGCUCAUGAUGCAGAGCUUUGGCGCUUACAGCCUGGCGGCGGCGGCAGGCGCCGCGGGACCCUACGGCCGCCCCUACGGCCUGCACCCGGCGGCUGCGGCCGGUGCCUACUCGCACCCGGCGGCUGCGGCAGCUGCGGCGGGUUCCGGGGGCGGCGGGGGCGGGGGCACCGGGCAGUCCUUCCUGCGGCCGCCCGGGACCGUGCAGUCGGCGGCACUCAUGGCCACGCACCAGCCGCUGUCGCUGAGCCGGACGACCGCCACCAUCGCGCCCAUCCUGAGCGUGCCGCUCUCUGGACAGUUCCUGCAGCCCGCCGCCUCGGCCGCCGCCGCUGCAGCCGCCGCCGCGCAAGCGAAGUGGCCAGCGCAAUAGGGACGCGCCUGUGGCCGGGACACAGGAACCCGCGGCGGCCUCGGGCGUCGGCUGUACUUCCAGGCUGCGCGCCCCGCCCUGGUCCCGGUUCCCUUGCCCAAUCCCGAACUCUGCCUCUCCCCCGUUUCCUCCCCCCCGACCCUCCAAAACCUACCUUCUGUGGCCUCCACCCCGUCGCGCACACCUAAGCUGGCCGAGCAAACUCACCGCGUGCCCGCCGGGAAUAGCUUUCCGUACAGGUAAAACGAAAACCGAAUUUUCCAAAAAUGCACCCCGACGGCGCCUGCUCUCAGUACCGUGGGGAUGGGAGGGAAAUCCUUUGUACAUAUUUGUAUAAAAAUUAUUGACUUUCCUUUUGGGGUUUUUAUUUUUUUAAGAAAAAAGAUCAGUAGAUUUAGAGCUCUGAACUUUCAUUUUUUUUGAAGGUUCACUCUCCGCAGUUUUAUCCGAGAAAAGAAAGUAUAGAGACGUUGGGAGAUUUUAAAUAUAAAGAAAUUUUCAAAAGGGCGAAAAGUGUCACUCUAUUAUAAAAGUCUGUUUCUAUAUGAAUGAAUAUAUAUGGUAUUCUAAAUGUUAUUCCAUCGUGUUGUACACAACUUUGUAAAU